AUGAGGCUAGAGCUGAGCAGUUCGGGACCUGUGAGAAGAAAAGUGGGACCCCUCUCUGGGAUUUAUGCGCUGUCCAUGGGCAGCAGGGAUGCCCGGAGGGCGUGGAGGGCCAGACCCAUCUGCUUUCACCCGAGUCUCACCGUCUGCACCCCUGUGAGGUCCGUCUUCACCCUGCUGCUUCUGGUUUCUGUCAAGCAUGUUACAGGAUCUCUUCUUGAGAAGACAACCCAGCGAUGGGCUCAAUAUAAAGAAAAGUGUCUAAGAGACUUACAUGAGGAACCUUCUGGCAUAUUUUGCAAUGGUACCUUUGAUCAGUAUGUGUGCUGGCCUCAUUCCCUCCCAGGAAAUGUCUCUGUUCCCUGCCCAUUUUAUUUACCUUGGUGGAAUGAAGAGAGAUCAGGAAUGGCCCACAGAUACUGUUCGGCUCAAGGGACUUGGCAGAUGCGGGAGAACUCCACAGAUAUUUGGCAGGAUGAUUCUGAAUGUUCUGAAGAACACAGCUUCAAAAAAAAAGAGAAGCACCACGACUUGCUGUUGAACUUGCAACUGUUGUACACCGUGGGUUACUCUGUCUCCAUUGCUUCCCUCUGCCUGGCUCUCAGCCUUCUCUUAUUUCUUCGAAAACUCCACUGCACGCGCAAUUACAUCCACAUGAACUUGUUUGCAUCUUUCAUUUUGAGAGCCUUAGCAGUUCUGGUGAAGGAUGUUGUCAUCCAUAAAUCUUACUCCAAGAGACCCAACAAUGAGGAAGAGUGGAUGUCCUACAUGUCAGAGGUAUCAGUCUCCUGCCGUUCCGUCCAGAUUCUCCUGCACUACUUUGUGGGCACCAAUUACUCAUGGCUGCUUGUCGAAGGGCUUUACCUCCACUGGCUGCUUGAACCCAUUGUGCAUUUUGAAAGGUGGCUUUGGCCCAGAUACCUUCUGGUGGGAUGGGCUUUCCCAGUGCUUUUUGUUGCACCAUGGGGGAUUGUCCGUGCAAAAUUGGAAAACACAGGGUGCUGGGGAAACAACAAUAAUAUGAAAAUAUGGUGGAUCAUUCGAGGACCUAUGAUGUUUUGUGUAGCGGUCAAUUUUUUCAUCUUCAUGAAAAUUCUCAAGCUUCUCAUUUCUAAGCUGAAAGCCCGUCAAAUGUGCUUCAAAGAUUAUAAAUACAGGUUAGCAAAAUCAACGCUGGUCCUCAUUCCUUUAUUGGGUGUUCAUGAGAUGAUCUUCUCUUUCAUCACUGAUGAUCACAUUACUGGAUUUUCAAGACAUCUCCGACUCAUCUUUCAGUUGACUCUGAGCUCCUUCCAUGGAUUUCUUGUUGCCUUGCUGUAUUGCUUUGCCAAUGGAGAGGUGAAGACUGAGCUGCGGAAGCACUGGGUUCGCUUUUUGCUAGCCCGCGAGUCUGGCUGUAGAGCCUGGGUCCUAGAGAAGAACUUCCGAUUCCUGGGCAAAUAUCCCAAGAAGUUCUCAGAGGGAGACCAUUCACUGCAGCCCUUACCUGGCAGGGGUCAGAUACUGCACCUGCCCCUACAGAGUCCUGGGGCUCGGGGACCGCGGACGCCCCGGGGUAGCAGUGUGUCAGAGAGCAGUGAGGGGGACAUCACCCUCACUCACACCAUGGAGGAGAUCCUUGAGGAAAGCGAGAUGUAGGCGGGAGACCUACGCUCUGGCUGUUUCUUGGGGACCCCUGGCAAGGCUGAGUGGAGGGAAGAGAGGGCCAAGUGUGCCAGUUUGCCGGUGGACCUUGUAUUCUACUGUGUGCACCACACUCACUUGACUUGAAGUCUACUUACAGUUUCCCACGUCCUACAUGAAAGUGGCCAUGUAAGCACACUCCCGGUCCUGGCCACCGACAUUACCCAGUUAUCCACACACGUUUUAUUAUUUUUUUUAUAAUGAACAAGUCUUGAGCUCACCCUAAAUUUAAGUAAAUGGAAUCCUAAGCUGUAGAGAAAUGUUUUCUGUAAAUUAGAGGCCAGAGAGUUUCUCUUACUUUGCCUUCUCUUAGUAAAAGGUUUCCAUCUGGAGACACUUUAGGGUGCUUAAGGACCAUCUGGGAAAUGUUUUACAUUCAAAGUCCAACUCAGAGCAGAGGUUCUAAGAGAGGUUCUGAGAUCAUGACAAGCAAUGUGAAAUUAGCAACUAGCAUGUCAGGUAAUUCUCCAGUAACGCCAAACUGAAAUCACUGUGUGGAAUGUGCAGCAACUAGAAGGCCCCUGAGCUGGCUGUAGAUGAGCCAGUGUUGCUUCGCCUCUAGCAGUUCGUCUGUGAGACGCCUUCCCUCAUCAGUCAGUACGGACCUCACACCACCGCUCCACACUUGCUCCACUCCACCAGCCCUACUCCUUUUCUUUUGUGGAGAGUCAGAGGCUCCUAAGCAGCCCUAAGGGGAACUCCAGAAAUAUACCUGGAAGUGCUGGGAAUAAAUUCAAGAGUUUUUUUUUUCUUGCUAACUCUAAGGCAUGUCCUUGCCCUGGAAUUAUAUAUUCCUGAUCUCCUUCCACUUUACUUUUCUCUUUCUCUCAGUCUCAAUGGUCAGUGUAAGUUCUAUUGGUAACUCCCACCCUUUCCAUGAGAGUCGGUCCCACUUCAGGCAUCCCUUACAGAAUUUCAUCGAACCUCUUAUCUCCUUUGGCCCCACCUGCCUCUCUGGCUUUUUCUCCUAUGAGCCCUACCUACCUUACCAUUCUCUUGGGGUGAGGUAUGUUCUUAUCAGUUUGUGCUUAUGACUGGUACACUGGUGACCAUAUUUCCUACUCCAGGAAGUUUGUCCCUAAUUAUUAAGAAAUCUAUUUAUAUGGAAAUGGAUUCGGAAAGUUGGAAAAGGCCUGCAUAAAGUGAUAGUUCUGUAGAUGACGUGGAAAUCCAAAUGUGGCACUCAGAGAGAUAGACUUGUGAGACUGCUCUUCUGAAGGGGAGACUGAAAGGUCAUCCAGGAUCCAAGAGGAGGCUGAGGAGCACCUAAACAACUAGGGUCAGUAUCAUGAGUGAAUCCUUAAGGCAAAAGGCUGAGGAAAGACCAAUGGAGGAACUUCCUGUGGCAACAGGAUAUUAAUAAUCCUAUAAAAGUGACAUCACUUUUAUAGAAUGCAAGAUUGUGCUCACUGUGAUGGAUUAUGUUUCCCUGGGACUAUACCCUGCCUUAUGUAAAGGGCAUUUUUAAACUUCUCAGGGAGCAUUGCCAGAUUUAGCAAGUAAAAACAUGAAAUUUAUUGGGCUGGAGAAAUAGCACAAUGAGUAGGGCAUUUGCCUUGCAUGCUGUUGACCCGGGUUCAAUUCCCGCAUCCCAUAUGGUCCCCUGAGCACUGCUAGGGGUAAUUCCUGAGUGCAGAGCAGGAGUAACCCCUGUGCAUCGCCAGGUGUGACCCAGAAAGAAAAAAAAUAAGAGAAAUUUAAUUAAAUUGAAACUUUAGAGAGAAACACAAUUCUUUCAAAAGUCUAUCCCAUGCUUUUCUCAGCAUACAUCAUAAAUUCAAACUUAACUGAGCAUGUAUGUUUUACUCUAAUGAUGUUUUGCAGUAGGGCCUAGCUGGUGAUUUCUUUUGUUUAUAGGUCAAGGAAAAUGAAGAACUAAUUUUAGGUGGAAAAUUUAAGACAAUCAUAGAAAGCCUCUCCUGUCAAUAUAAAGCAUAAUUUAGUAUAAUAUUUUAUAAAUAAGAUCCAAUACUCUAUAAUCUGUGGGUAAUUUUUAAAAAUAUUGUUUGGGUUAGGGUGAUACAAGUGGUACCAGCUAAUAUAAACAAAGUUAAAUUCUAAUUUUAUUUAAACGUUUGAUAUUUUGCUCAUCAUGAUUUUUGUGUGCAUGUCAGGGAUUGCACACAGGCAAAGCAUGUUACUCUAUCACUGAGCUACAUCUCCAGCUCUAAACUAUUUUAAUAGUUUAAUUUUUUUCUUUUUGGGUCACUCCUGGUGAUGCACAGGGGUUACUCCUGGCUUUGCACUCAGGAAUUACUCCUGGCAGUGCUCAGGGGACCAUAUGGGAUGCUGGGAAUCGAACCUGGGUCGGCCGUGUGCAAGGUAAAUGCCCUAUCUGCUGUGCUAUUGCUCCAGCCCUUUAAUACUUUAAUUUUAAGCUAUUAUAUUAGAAUAUAUCUUAAUUACUGAAUUUUUGUGACUCCUUACAUUUUGCAUAUCUUUCUUGCCCUCUCCCUAGUUUGCUCUGCUUUGCAAAGUGGAAGCUCAAGCAAGGGCAUCAGGUGGGUUCAUAAUAAAGCAGAGGUUAAUUUUUUUGGUGUAUCAAUUAUUUACUGUCCAGUAGUUUGAAAGUGCAUGCUAAUUUUUCAUUUCUGAAAAUAUCUCCACCCUUUUUUAUUAUAUCAACACCUGGGCACAUUAUAUUCUCAGCCUAAAACCAGAACAACUUGUGUGGAGUGGUACCUGGGAAACAUAUACUGAAUAACGUGAGAUAUAUUUAUUUCUUGGUGACAUCAGGUGCUAUCUGGGCCUGAUUAUUUGAGGCCUUACCACUAACUUGAAAUCACACCCCACUCUACAAAUCGGUUAGUAUUAUACACUACUUGCCCUUGUCCCACUCAUGAUUAAAUUAACAAGCUUAUUUCAUUGAUCUGUUUUUAAAAAUUCUUUCAUUUUCUUUUUUUCAUUGGCGCUAAGUUAAAAACAGAUUUUCCCCUGGAAAGAAAAGGGUAGUGGCAUUUAGGAAUCAAGAAGAAUGUACGGAAGUACAGGGACAGGAAUAGACAUCAGUGGUCGAAUAUCAGAAGGCAUGCAUUUCCCUUCUCCUAGACUGGCCUGAGAUCCUUCACCCUAUCUGUUGCUUUGAA